AGGGUAAAAGAGGAGCAGCAGGGUAAAAGAGGAGGAGACAGUCCGCAGAGCCACAAGAAGGCAGCAGUAUGCAAGUCCAGCAGCGCUAACUAACUCUGGAGCUAAACACCGACUCGCUCGCUCUCUCCGUGACCGACGACAAGCCAAGCAAAACGGGGGAGCGCUCAUUCCACCGCCCGGCAGUCCUCCAUGGCUUUAUGCAACGGAGACAGCAAGCUGCCGACCAGCGACACGGAGCAGAAUGGCUCGUACGAGGGAGCCGUGGCCAUCCUGGAUGCCGGAGCUCAGUAUGGCAAGGUGAUUGACAGGCGGGUGCGGGAGCUGUGCAUACGCUCGGAGAUCCUCCCCCUGGAAACCCCUGCCUUUGCCAUUCGAGAACAAGGAUACAGGGCAAUAAUCAUUUCAGGGGGUCCUGCGUCCGUGUAUGCAGAAGACGCACCAUGGUUUGACCCCGCUAUAUUCACCAUCGGAAAGCCUGUCCUGGGGAUUUGCUACGGAAUGCAGAUGAUGAAUAAAGUCUUUGGUGGCACAGUACACAAAAAAUGUGUCCGGGAAGACGGCGUGUUCAGUAUUGGGGUGGACAACACCUGCUCCCUCUUCAGAGGCCUUCAGAAGGAGGAAGUGGUUCUGCUGACCCAUGGAGACAGUGUGGAUAAAGUGGCUGAUGGCUUUAAAGUAGUGGCCCAAUCAGGACAUAUCAUUGCUGGUAUCGCCAACGAACAGAAGAAGCUGUACGGAACUCAGUUUCACCCCGAGGUGGACCUGACGGAGCGAGGCGUAGACAUGCUUCGCAACUUCCUGUUUGAGAUAGCGGGGUGCAGCAGUAACUUCACCGUACAGAACCGCCAGCAGGCCUGCAUCAGUGACAUCAAAGAAAAAGUCGGCAAGUCCAAAGUGCUGGUGCUGCUGAGUGGCGGCGUGGACUCUACGGUGUGCACGGCUCUCCUCAACAAGGCGUUGAACCAGGACCAAGUGAUCGCCGUGCACAUCGACAACGGCUUCAUGAGGAAGAGAGAGAGUCAGAGCGUGGAGGAGGCCCUUACCAAAUUGGGCAUCAAACUCAAAGUGGUGAACGCCUCACACACCUUCUACAACGGAACAACCACGCUUCCCAUCUCGGAGGAAGACCGGACGCCCCGGAAACGCAUCAGUAAGACCUUGAAUAUGACCACCAACCCAGAGGAGAAAAGGAAAAUAAUUGGAGAUACAUUUGUGAAGGUGGCCAACGAAGUGAUAGGAGAAAUGAAUCUGAAACCCGAGGAGGUUCUUUUGGCUCAGGGGACUCUGAGACCCGACCUCAUCGAGAGCGCCUCCCACCUCGCCAGCGGCAAGGCGGAAGUCAUCAAGACUCACCACAACGACACCGAGCUCAUCCGCAAACUCCGAGAUGAGGGGAAAGUCAUCGAACCGUUGAAAGAUUUCCAUAAAGAUGAGGUGAGAGCGCUUGGGAGGGAGUUGGGCCUGCCAGAGGAGAUCGUCUCACGACACCCUUUCCCUGGUCCUGGUCUGUCCAUCAGAGUCAUUUGUGCCGAGGAGCCGUACAUCUGCAAAGACUUUGCUGAAACCAAUAACAUCCUCAAGAUCAUCACAGACUUCUCUGCAAGUAUCAAGAAGCCGCAUGCCUUGCUGCAGAGAGUCAAGUCGUGUAUAUCGGACGAGGAGGAAGAGAAGCUCAUGCAGAUCACCAGCCUUCAUUCACUCAAUGCCUUCCUGCUGCCCAUCAAAACUGUUGGUGUCCAGGGAGAUUGCCGCUCUUACAGUUACGUGUGCGGUGUCACAAGCAAGGAAUCUCCUCACUGGGAGUCCCUCAUGUUCCUGGCCAGACUCAUCCCUCGCAUGUGCCAUACCAUCAACAGAGUGGUGUACGUGUUUGGCUCCCACAUGAAGGAGCCGCCCACGGACAUCACUCCUACCUUCUUGACCACAGGCGUUCUUGGCACGCUCAGGCAGGCCGACUUUGUGGCUCACUCCAUCCUCCGAGAGUCUGGCUACUCUGGAAAGAUCAGCCAGAUGCCGGUCAUCUUGACCCCCCUGCACUUUGACCGUGACCCCCUGCAGAAGCAACCCUCCUGCAGACGCUCCGUAGUGGUGCGCACCUUCAUCACCAGCGACUUCAUGACCGGCAUCCCCGCAACGCCAGGCAACCAUAUCCCAGAGGAGGUGGUGCUCAAAAUGGUCAACGAGAUCAGGAAGAUCCCUGGCAUCUCCAGAGUCAUGUUCGACCUGACCUCCAAGCCACCUGGCACCACAGAGUGGGAAUAAAACACACACACACACACACACACACACACACACACACACACACACACACACACACACACACACGGUGCACAAACAAGAGUUAUCCGAGAAGGCAGGUGAACUUCCUUCCGUUUGCUCCUUUUUUUCGCUAACAUUCCCUCAGACAAAGCAGCAGUGAUGAUGCAGUUCACUGUUUGGCCAGCAGGGUUUGGUUCACUCCUAGAAAAUGAUUUCUUCUCCCUUCUAAUUCCCACAAGGUGUAUCAUCACUACGGAGCUGUGAACUUUUCAGCAUAUGCCAGGAAUACACGCUAAAGUUGCUCAGUCAGCAGAAAGUCUUGCCAUUUUUUAUUUUAUUUUGCUACCUUACUGUCGUGCACUUCUUCUCACCUUCGUACCUUGGUACCUGUAUACUGUGCUCCCAACAUGGCUGCCUGUCCUCUAUGGGGACACAUUUGGCUCUUUUUAUGCAGACUAACAACAUUUUUGCCAACAAAAGUUGAUUGGAAAUGAAAAUACAAAUUUGCAAUUAGUUUUUUUGUUGAUUUGUUUUUUGGGAUUACAAAUUAUUUUUUGGUUACAAGCCAACUACAAUCUUGUGGGCGGGGCUUCCUGUGAAUAAUAUGUUAGAAACCUUUUAUUGGUCAGGCUGGGAUGACCAUAUAUGGGCGUGACUGAUUACCUCCCCAAACACACUUAGAGGGAUAAUCCCCAAGACUAUUUGGGGUCGAUAUGAACUAGUUGUGGUUGAUACCAACUAGUUGUGGGCUGAUACUAACCAUCUGUAAUCUUUGUAAACUAGUCAUCAGCAAACUAGUUGUGGUCGAUACCAACUAGUUAUGGGCCAUACUAACUUGUUGUGGGCCGAUACUAACCAUAUGUAAUCUUUGUAAACUAUUCAUGAGCCUUACUAACUAGUUGUAGCCAAUACUAACUAGUCGUGGUUAUCAACUACUUUUAAUAUAUUUUAACUAGUGGUUGAUACCAACUAGUUGUAAUCAAUGCUAACUAGUUGUGGCUGGUACCAACUAGUUGUGUGCCAUGCUAAAUCAUUGUAGCUGAUACUAAUUAGUUGUGUACCAUACUAUAUUGUUGGGGCCGAUAACUAGUUGUGAGCUAUACUAAUUAGUUGUGGCCAAUAUUAACUAGUUGUGGUCCUUACCAACUAGUUGUUGGCCCAUACCAACUGGUUGUGGUCGAUAAUUGAUUGUAUACCAUACUAAUUGUGGUCGAUACUAACUAGUUGUGGUCGAUAUAAGUUGCGGGCCAUGCUAAUUGUAGUCAAUACACACUAGUUGUUGGUGAUACUAACUAGUUGAGGACAAUACCAAAUAAUUGAGGACAAUACCAAAUAAUUGAGGACAAUACCAACUACUUGUGGUUGAUACCAAAUAGUUGUGGUCUAUACCAACUAGUUGCGGUCGAUACCAACUAGUUGUGGGCCAUACUAACUUGUUGUGGGCCGAUACUAACCAUCUGUAAUCUUUGUAAACUAGUCAUGAGCCUUACUAACUAGUUGUAGUCGAUACUAGCUAGUUGUGGUUAUCAACUACUUUUAAUCGAUUUUAACUAGUGGUUGAUACCAACUAGUUAUCAAUGCUAACUAGUUGUGGCUGGUACCAACUAGUUGUGUGCCAUGCUAAAUCGCUGAUACUAAUUAGUUGUGUACCAUACUAUAUUGUUGGGGCCGAUAACUAGUUGUGAACUAUACUAAUUAGUUGUGGCCAAUAUUAACUAGUUGUGGUCCUUACCAACUAGUUGUUGGGCCAUACCAACUGGUUGUGGUCGAUAAUUGGUUGUAAACCAUACUAAUUGUGGUCGAUACUAACUAGUUGUGGUCGAUAUAAGUUGCGGGCCAUGCUAAUUGUAGUCAAUACACACUAGUUGUGGGUGAUACUAACUAGUUGAGGACAAUACCAAAUAAUUGAGGACAAUACCAACUAUUUGCUGUUGAUAAUAAUUAGUUGUAGUUAUUAACUAGUUGUGGUCGAAACCAAUUAAUUUUGGGCGAUACUAACUAAACUAAAUGUGAGCCAUACAAACUCGCUGUGGGUGAUACCAAGAAGUUGUGGUCGAUACUGAUUAGUUGUACUUGAUAUUAACUAGUUGUGGGCGAUACUAAUUUGUUGAAGACCAUGCCAACUAGUUGUGGUCCAUACCAACUAGUUGUGGUCGAUACUAAUUAGUUGUAGUUGAACUUAACUAGUUGUGGUCAAUACAAAUUUGUUGUGGGCGAUUCUAACUAGCUGUAGGUGAUACUAACUAGUUGUGGGCCAUACUCACAAGUAAAUAUUGUUGAGAGUAGGCCCCGCCCACAAGAUUAAAGUUGUCAUAACAAAAAGUGAGUGAAACCCCAAAAGAUGUGUAUUUUAAUUAAAAAUAUAUUUUUAAAUGUGCAAUUGUUUGCAAAGCCAUGUUUUAGUCUGCUUAAAAGAGCCACCUGAAGGACGAGCAUGUCACGUGUGACCAAUUAUGUUCAGUGUGGCCAAAAGUAUGGUUAUCACUGGAGGCCAAAAUGAUGAAUCACUUUUCAUGUGCCUCUUUUUUCUUCUCCUUCUCAUGUUAGUUUGUUUUGCAGAAGACGCUAUAAAACUGAAUACUCAUGUGUAC